AUGAUGCUUUCAAAGGUCCUUACGCAGCUUUUGGCUGAGUUUUUGGGCACCUUUUUUUUUAUUCUUACCAUUCCGCUCACCUAUCAUGGCGUGGGGUUGCUCUCUCCUCUGCCGAUUGGGAUGAUGCUCUCUGCGCUUUGCUUUGCCCUACGCUAUAUAAGCGGAGCGCACUUUAAUCCAGCUAUCACAUUUGCUGUUUUUAUUAUCCGAGAGAUCUCUUCUGUACGGUUUAUAGCUUAUAUAUUAGUUCAGAUUCUGGCGGGCCUUAUGGCGGCCAUUUAUCUAUCGUUAAUUAGAGAACCAGCGAUUUACUUGAUGGAGAUGAAUUCAGACAUUUUGAUUAUCUGGCGAUUAGCGUUCUGGGAGUUUGUCUAUGUCUUUUCCUUAACCUGCACCGUUCUUCAUGCUUCGCAUUCCGAGCAAAAGGUUAAUGAUUUUUAUGGUAUUUCCAUUGGAAUGAGCUUUAUUUCCGCUGCAUUUACGUCUCCUGCUCAAUUCAUAACUUUUCUGAAUCCUGCCGGGAUUAUCGGGGCGACUUUACUUGACUGGUUUGAAGGUAAUCCCGUAGACUUUAGAUUUUUUUUUGUUUCUUUGAUUGCCCCCAUGGGAGGAGCUUUCACAGGAUCUAUUUUUUAUCAAAUAUUAGAUACCGAAAAUCAUGACAGAAGAAGAAGUCCAAAUCAUAUACGAAUGGUAUAUUAA